GUGAGAGCCUGUGAACCGGCCCAGGGGCUCCGUGCAGAGCCCUCCGCAGGAAAAUGCGGGCCCGCUCCUUCCGGGCUCCUCCCCGCGCCCCCUAACACACCCGGGCCGCUGCCCGCAGUCUCCUGUCCAGGGCGACAGCGCCGUCCCAACAUGUGCUGCGGGGCGCUCUGGGUGGCCCUGCCUGUGCUCUCCCUGCUGGCCGGCUGCGUGCAGGGGAAGCCGCUGGAGAGCCGGGGGCGGGCGUCGGUGGCGGGAGAUGGGCACCGCUUGCUCGGGGGGCCGGGUGGUGAGCGGGAGGGGGGCACCUUCGACCUGAGGAUGUUCCUGGAGAACAUGAAGGAGGAUUUCCUACGCAGCCUCAACCUCAGCGGCGUCCCUUCCCAGGACAGAACCCGAGCGGAGCCACCGCAGUACAUGAUCGACCUGUACAACCGGUACACCACGGACAAGUCCACCACCCCCGCGUCCAACAUCGUGCGCAGCUUCAGCGUGGAAGAUGCUGUGUCUCUCACAGCCACAGAGGACUUGCCCUUCCAGAAGCACAUCUUGCUCUUCAACAUCUCCAUUCCUAGGCAUGAGCAGAUCACCAGGGCUGAGCUCCGACUCUAUGUCUCCUGUCAAAGUCAUGUAGACGCUUCCCACGAGCUGAGAGGCAACAUGGCCAUUUAUGACGUUCUGGAUGGAGCAGAUGUUUGGGAUGUUUCUGCAGGGACCAAGACAUUCCUUGUGUCCCAGGACAUUUCGGAGGAGGGCUGGGAGACCUUUGAGGUCUCCGGUGCUGUGAAGCGGUGGGUCAGAUCAGACGCCACCAAGAGCAAGAAUAAACUGGAAGUGACUGUGGAGAGUCACAGGAAGGGCUGUGACAGGCUGGAUAUCAGUGUCCCCCCAGGCUCCAGAAACCUGCCCUUCUUCGUUGUCUUCUCCAAUGACCGCAGCAAUGGGACCAAGGAGACCAGGCUGGAGCUUCGGGAGAUGAUAGGCCAUGAACAGGACAGUAUGCUCAAGAAAUUGUCCAAGAAUGGUCCAGGUGAGGCAGGUGACAACAAGGAUGAGGAAGACAGGGACGGUCACGUGGCCACAGGGUCAUCUUUAGCCAGACGGAAGAGGAGCGCCGGGGCCAACAACCACUGUCAGAAGACCUCCCUGCGGGUGAACUUCGAGGACAUCGGCUGGGACAGCUGGAUCAUUGCACCCAAAGAGUACGAUGCUUAUGAAUGUAAAGGCGGCUGCUUCUUCCCCCUGGCUGAUGACGUCACCCCCACGAAACACGCCAUUGUACAGACCCUGGUGCAUCUCAAGUUCCCCAUGAAGGUGGGCAAGGCCUGCUGCGUGCCCACCAAACUGAGCCCCAUCUCCAUCCUCUACAAGGAUGACAUGGGGGUCCCCACCCUCAAGUACCACUACGAAGGGAUGAGCGUGGCAGAGUGUGGGUGUAGGUAGUGCCGGCCUGCGGGCAGGGGGAAACAGGGCGGGGGGCUCCUGUGUCCCUCUGGGCAUGACGGGGACUAAGUCUGCCUGUGUGCCAGCCUGAAGGAGGAAAGGGAGCUGCCACGUUCGGGAGGUAGAGGCCCGCCCACCCCCAGUAUACACCACUGGGUCCAACUGCAGGGGAAGGCAACGGCGGGGGUGGGGGGCGGGUACUGGGGAGGAGAGGAAAGCCUAGAGGGAUUGUUGGGGUGCAAGGGGAGACAAUGAAAAGAGGACAAGAGAAAAAUAAUCCGGAGUCAGCAGAACGAGGCAGGGGAGUAUGGACAGACGAGGUGCGGAGAUUUAUGGGAAUUAAAGGAGGCGAGAAGGAUGGGGUGCACUCCAGUAAGCUCAGGGAGUGAAGGGGGCAGGGAUAGCCACGUGCUCUAUACCCAUCAUUUCACGGAUUCCCACAACUCAGUGAGAUGGGUGUUACGAGUCCCGAUUUACACAUGCGGAAACCAAAACGCAGGCAGUUCAAGUAACAGCGGUUAACGGCAUGGUUCCAACCCGUAGGUCUGUGUAGGUCAGUCGACCACCACAGCCCAGGAGCUUCUCAAAUACCCCAUCCAAGUUUAUCAGGUCAUCUUGCAGCGAAAGCACAAUUAGAUACCGGGAGGCUGGGAGCGUGGGGCAAGCUGGACUCAGCCCUGGCCAGGAACCACCAGUAUGACUGGGCUGCUUGGAGCCACCGGGGCACAUUCUGGCUGCUUGCUGCCUGUGCUGCUUCAGUGGCCCAGUGCUUUUUAAGGUGAUGCUCGAGUCACUGAAAAACUCCCCCAUGGAGAGAGUGCGUGACAGGAGCCCUCGGGUUGCAGUAUGGACUGGGGCUGGAGAGACUUGGACCUGCUGGCACAAUGCUUGUCCCACCAAUGGCUCCCGCGGGGCCACCAGCUGCCCGUGGCCUCAAACGGUGUGAUGGUUUGGGAAGAGCAGGCACGAUCUACCCUGAGGGAUGGGGCAGCCUACAGUUCACAUGGCUGCGGUGCAUUUACUCAGCAUAACCAGCUCGCCAACAUAGCACAUCCGUGGGCUUUCCUCCCACCAGACUCCAUGGGAGACAGGACCUGGAUUUGAAUUUGUUGGAAUAAAUGUGCUCUUGCUUUGGUAUUUGCAAUGUCCCUAUUUUUACUUUUGGUGACAGGUACUCAAGUGAUGACGUCCAGCCUUCCUGGGUGAGGGUCCCCAGCCACUGAGGAACUCAGGUCUUUAUUGGCCACGGCCAGCUCUGCCCACACCUGUUGGCUUUCUUCAGCUGUGUGUGUACAGCUCUGUCUUGGGCUUGGGCCUCAGGACUUGACUCAGCCCCCACUGACCCCAAGAGAGGACAGAGUUUCCAUUUCCUCUGAGUGUCGUUCUCUCCUCUGACUCUAGAGGCCCAGGUGGAAUGGGGUGGAGUGAGGAAGAGUCGGGAAGUGGUGAUGAUUCCACUCCAUGGCCUUUCUGACUGCUGGCCAGAGCAGAGCCUCAAGAGGCCUAGAGAGAACUGGGCCUUUCCCACUGGUUGAGGAUCCCAGUAUGUUCUUUUUUUGUUUUUUUUUUUUUUAAUGGUGUGUGUUGAAUGUUUACGUGGAACUAAUGAAGAGUUUAACACAUUAAUACAAAUUAAUUAAUUUAAAUACAGCUAGUUACUGGAGUUGUAGAAAACACUAAUUUCUGGUAGGACAAUGUCGCUCAAUCAUAAAGAUGGACGAGGGACAUCUUUUAGUACUGGUGGUGUACUUCUG